GGGGUCCGGAGAAAGGAACGGAGCGUUCCUUUCUUUUUUUUUAUUCAUUUUCCUUUUUCUUUUUAAUAACGCAUCGUCAUGACGACCAUCUCCUCCACCACCAUCUCGUCCUACCGAAAGCGGUUUGGUAAUGAAGGCAGGACCUCGAGUCGCCGCUUUGCGAGCCCGAAGGGCGCGCGAGGGCAUUCCGACGCGCCCGCGACGCUCUACGCGAGCGGCAAGACCACCGGAGCGUGGAGCGGAACCGCGUCGGCGGCGGCUGAGACUCACGACAUCAACCUGUCCGGCGCCGUGAGCGCGGAUUUGGCGCGCGCCAACGAGAAGGCGCAGAUGCAGUCGCUUAACAACCGCUUCGUCAGCUACAUAGAGAAGGUGCGGGUGCUGGAGCAGCGCAACGAGGCUCUGCGCGCGGAGUUGGAGCGCUGGCGCGGGAACGGACCCACGCGCCUCGCCGAGCUGUGCGCGCACGAGGUGGCCGAUCUGCGGCGGCACGUGGACAAACUGACCAAUGAGAAAGCGAUAGCCGAGGUACAACGGGACAACUUCCUCGUGGACAUAAAACGGAUCCGAGCCAAGUUGCAGGAGGAGAUUCUCCUGAGAGAGGAAGCUGAGAGGAGCACACAGAGCUUCAGACAGGAUGUGGACAUUGCCGCUCUUGCUCGAGUGGACCUGGAGAGGAAAGUGGAGUCCCUUCAGGACGAACUUCGGUUCCUCAAGAAGCUCCAUGAAGAGGAGCUGAGAGAGAUACAGGCUCAGAGUCAGCAGCAGCAGCAGGGUUGUGUGGAUCUGAACGUGUCUCAGCCUGAUCUGACCUCGGCCCUGAGGGAAAUCCGGGUGCAGUAUGAGAAUCUGGCCUCCAAGAAUGCGCACGGGUCUGAGGACUGGUACGACUCCAAGCCCUACUUGUCAUGGCUUAAAUCCCUCCAUAUUGUGGAUAUGGAUUUGCAGUUUUCCGAUCUCACCGAAGCCGCAAACAGAAAUAAAGAAGUUUUGCGAGCGGCCAGGCAGGAGGCCAACGAGAGCCAGCGCCAGGUGCAGGCUCUGACCUGUGAGGUGGACACCCUCAAGAGGACAAAUGAGUCUCUGGAGCUACAAAUGAGACAAAUGGAGGAGAACUUUGCUCUGGAGUCCUCGGCUUAUCAGGACACCAUCAGGUGUCUGGAGGAGAACAUCCUGAACCUGAAAGAUGAGAUAGCUCGACAGCUGCACGAGUACGAGGACCUGCUCAACAUCAAGAUAGCACUGGACAUUGAGAUCGCCACCUACAGGAAGCUUAUGGAAGGAUCUCAUUCUCUUUGCCAAACUUCUCAACCCCUCACACUGAGAGACCAUGUGCUGGAGUCCAGAACCUCCACGAAGGUUCUCAUCAAGCCCACUGAGAGCAGAGAUGGAGAGGUACCACUUAAAGCCUUCCUUGUUUGCUGUGAUAAUAAUAUGGUGGUUAAUGAGUCUACGCAGAACCACGAAGAACCGGAGUGACCUACCUUCUUCCCUGCUUCGAUUCACACCUCGUCCAAACACACAACACACGACACACAGCAGCAUCAUCCGUCCCUGUGAGGCCUACAGAAAUAACCGCUGUCCCUCUGCUGCUACUUUCCAGCACUUUUUCCACUCAGGAGUUAACCGAGUUCUUUCUCCAGAUAUUAAUGUCACAGUAAUAACGUCGGAUUAAUCAGAAAUGGCAGAAUUUUCACUUUUUUAAAUGUAUGUUUAUAUACUGAGAUGAUUAUUUUAACCAUUUUAUUUCAAACCUCACUCUUUUAAAAAAUUUAAAUAUUAAAAAAUAAUAAUAAUAAAAUAAAUAAAUACAAUUAAAUUAAAUUUAAAAAAUAAAAUAAAAAAUAUAGAGUAAUAUUAGAUGAAUUAUUUUAUGUUUAAGUCAAAGUGAUUAAAGAUGAGAUCCAGACUCAGAGAAAAUAAUAAUUUAGCUUUUAAUAAUAUUAUUUUAACUGAUUUAUUAGGAAUUAAGAGUAGAUAAGCAGGUUCACAGGUACAGGGGAAAUGUUUAACAUAUAGGAUCAAAUCAUGUUAAAAAAAUAAUAAAAUUGAUAAGAAUAUAAAGUAUAUCAUGUUACUGAUUCAUCAUAACAGUAAUGAUUUUAGAGCGAAAAAACUAUAUAUUUUAUUCUUAAUGGUUCAAGGUUCAUGAUUUGUCACAUAUAUAUUACAUAUAAUGAAAUA